AUUCUUUAUAACAACAUGAUGUUCCUAAAAAAAUUUAUUAGACGGAGAAAAUCAUAUACCAAUGUGGUUAAUUCGGUUAUUAAAAAAAAAGCAGUUGACAUAUCAAAUGUUUGUACCGAUAAGCACAAUUUUAGUAAAAAUACUUUAUUGCAUGCACAUGUAGACUCUUAUUCAAAUCUUUCUCUUAUUUCUGACAUUGUGCCCGAAGAAACACCGAAAACAAACUUUUCUCGUAAUCGGCAUUUUCAAGAAAUAAAUCAAUUACAAACUGCACAGAAUGCGGUAGAUCGUUCUAGCACUUUACAAGAGAUCAAUGCUAUUGAAACAGGCUCAUCUGAUCGAUCAUUACCACCAUUCCGAAGAUUUCAAACUGUACAGAAUGAGGUAGAUCGUUCUAGCACUUCACAACAGAUCAACGCAAUUGAAACAGGCUCAUCUGAUCGAUCAUUACCACCAUUCCGAAAAUUUCAAACUGUACAGAAUGCGGUAGAUCGGCCUAACACCUCACAAGAGAUCAAUGCAAUUGAAACAGUCUCAUCUGAUCGAUCAUCAUCACUCCGAAGCGAAUCUCGCAAUUCUUUAGGUAAAAUAAAAAAUAAAAAUAUCUCACACUUGGAAUCGUCCAUUGUAUCUCUGAGUAAUACUCUUCAAAACCGGCUUGUUAAUCCACCGUGUCCUACUAACAAUAAUCACACUGAUUGGAAUUUAAAUAAUUUAACACCAGAGAAAAGCUUUGGUUUACUAGUAGCAAUAGAAUUAGAGAAAAUACCUGAGCCGGAAAAAUGUAAACGAAAACAAGCAAUUGCAGAGAUUUUAUGAAAACCAU